AUGAGAAUCGCUUGCAUUUUUCUCAUCUUCUUUCUAGCCGCCAUCAUCAACGCGAUGCCCAACGGCGACGGAAUGACCGGCGGACGCAGUGUGCCGCAUCCAAACUCGGCCGCCGGACAGGAAUUGGCAAACAAGGAUCUUUCCGGUGGAAUGACCGGCGGAAAAUCGGUCCCACAUCCAAACUCGGCCGCCGGACAGGAAUUGGCCAACAAGGACCUCUCGGGAGGAUUGACCGGCGGAAGCGGCGUUCCACACCCAAAUUCGGCGGCCGGACAAGAAUUGGCCAACAAGAAUCUCGAGGAGAAGUCGGUGCUCGAAGGCGGCACACAGGUGAAGCCGUGGCUCAAAAAUCAGCCCGACGUCGCCGCCAUCCGCCAACAACACAAUCAACAGUAA